CGCCCGCAUCCCGGGAGGAACCGACCGCACUUCCGGCGCGCCGCGAUAACGGCCGCUGAGGAGAAUUUGUCAGCCUGAAGUAAGAAGCCGUCUCCCGGAGCGCCGCGGCUACCGCUUCUCAGCUCUGGGGGGCUCCGCGGCCGGGGCGGCCUCCGAGGGCGAGCUGGCGUCUCCGAUGGACCCCGAGCUGGCCCGGAGCCUCUUCUUCGAGGGCGCCACGGUGGUGGCGCUGGACGUGCCCGAGGGCACCGAGUUCGGCAUCGACUGCGGCUCGUGGCAGGUGGGCCCGCGCUUCCGCGGCGUCAAGAUGAUCCCCCCGGGGGUGCACCUGGUGCACUACAGCGCGGCGGGCCGCGGCCCCGCGGGCGCCCGCGAGACGGGCCCGCGCACCGGCUUCUUCGUGACCCUGCGGCCGCGGGCGCUGCGCCUGCUGCGCUGGGACGCGGCCCGCGAGGAGCUGGACCUGAGCCCGCCGCCCGAGGAGCAGCUGGCGGCGGCCCGAGCGCGCUUGCAGGAGCUGGACCGCUUCCUGGGCCCCUACCCCUACGACCUGCUGAAGAAGUGGGUGUCCCUGAGCAGCUGCCUGAGCGAGGAGGCGGUGCGGCGGCUGCAGCCCGAGAGCGGGCAGAUCUGCGCCUUGGCCGAGGUGCUGCCCGUGCUGGCCCUGAGGCACACCAAGGACCGCGCCGAGCGCGGGCCGCCGCCCUGCGCCGCCGAGUGCAGCAGCUACCGGGAGGGCUUGGCCCGGCUGCCGCAGAUGGAGCCCAGGGCCGGCACCGAGAUCCGCUUCACCAGGCUGCCCAAGCAGACCUUCCCCGACGGCGCCAGCCCGGCCGAGAUCACCAAGCACAGCCUGGACCUGAGCUACGCCCUGGAGACGGUGCUGCGCAGCCAGCCCUCCGCCGACCCGCAGCACGUCCUGGCUGAGCUGCAGUUUGCCUUUAUCUGCUUCCUAAUUGGGCACGUAUAUGAUGCUUUUGAACAUUGGAAGCAGCUGUUGAACCUCCUGUGCAGAGCAGAAGAAGCCAUUGGAAAGUACAGCGCCCUCUACAGCCGCCUUAUUUCCAUCUUGUAUCAUCAGCUUGCAGAGAUCCCUGCUGACUUCUUUGUGGACAUCAUCUCUCAAGACAACUUCUUAACCAGCACCUUACAGGUUUUCUUUUCCUACAUCUGCAGCACCACUGUUGAUGAGACACUGAGGCGGAAGGCAGAGAAGUUCAAGGCUCAUCUGACUAAGAAAUUCAAAUGGGACUUUGAGACUGAGCCAGAUGACUGUGCCCCAGUAGUGGUGGAACUUCCAGAAGGUGUUAACUUGGAAAUGACAGGCUAGCUCUGAGACUAAGCAAAUGAUCACCCUCUUCCCAAGAAACCAGUUAUCUUGCAUUUGAAGCUCCUUUCUGCUGGGUGUCCUUUUGAACUCUGAGGGGGAGCCAAAGGUCUGUUGUCUCUUGAUUCCAUUUCAUAAGUUUGGAAUAAGGUGCCCAUGUCUAAUAACCUGGGUCCCUGGGGUUUCUGCUGUGGCCCCUUCCCACCUCUGCCAAAGUCUGGUAUUUUAUUGCCUGAUUGACGUUCACCCAAACUAAAUCUUAUGUAAGAUCUUCAAAGCUGCCUGAGCGACAGCUUAACUUUUUCUAAAGGAACAACGAAAUUGAACUGGCAGGUUUUCCUUGGAGUCAUUUGUUUUGAGGUGUUUAUUUGUUUUCUAAAAAGAAAACAAACUAAAAAAUCUAAAACUAAAAAACUAAUAAACUUAAAAAAUCAGAAACUGCAAACACUACUUUUGUUAGUAUUUGAUAUUGUUAUUUUCUCUAGAAGUUGUUCAAAGUGGGGCAGGUAGAAGGGGGGUAGUAGUGACAGGUGAGAAGAUUACUAGGCCUAUUAAAUUUUAAUUUUGUUGUUUAACGUUCAGAAAUGAGAUGUCUCUUAAGUAAACUCAGGUGUAUGUGAGGUAUGGAAGACAAUUCAGCAGUGUUUGAGGUCUAGAGUAGUUUUUACACUCUACUUAUAUUACAUUCCAUUAGUUCUGGGGUCAGAUUAUCUCAUUUCACUGGGCCUGGUGGGACCGUUACCAUGGGAGGAUUGACCUGAAACGGCCACCUGCAUUUCCUGAUGCAGUCCUUGGAAAUAUCCUUUUCUGAUCUUCCUGGAAUAAGAACUUAAGCCACAUGAACUCAUGAGCUUCGCUGGAACUACCUGGUGAAGGAAGACUUCUCAUGAUGGUUUUUGGUGUUUCUGUAAUUCAACAGCAAAAAAGAAGCAAACUUCCCUUCCCCCCAAUAAUUGUUUCCAUAUGUUAUGGGAGCUUUGUGGCCCAUGUUGGGACCUUUGAACAGUUUGAACUUUCCUAGACCUUAGUGCUGUUUUUUCUUGCCUCUUCCCCUUCCUCUUGCUUCUUUCUAAUUAAUUGAAACAUCCACAUAAAGUGGAACUCAAAGGUUGUGCCAGUAACCUGGAAGCAAAACGUUGUACUUAAAGGGAAACUGUCCUGAACUGCUCACCUUGUCAUGUUGUGCAACAGAAAAGCCCCCACUACCAUUUCCUUUAACAUACAUUCUGGUGCUUCAGCUUUUGAAUGAGAAUCCUGACUGGAUAGAACUUUUAGUUCCACUUGUUUCCUUGGAGAUUGCUAUAUAAGAAGGUUGGAUGUAUUAAAUCUCUUCCUUGAGAAUAAAA